AUGGCAGCCUCUGGAGCUAUCAGCUCUGUGGUAAUAGGUGCAAUUUCAGUCAUGGCUGAACUGCUAGAAGCAAUCUCAGUCGAUGCUUAUUUGGCGGGUAGAGUAGUUGAUUUGGUGUCAUUGGCUAUUGGAAUAGAUGGGAGCACCACAAAUGAUUCUGGAUGGGCAGAGGCUUGUGCUAGUGAUUUUGGAUACGAGAAAAAGCAUAAGAGUUUUGUAGAUCUUCUCCGUUUCAGUUCUGGGUUUGGUUGGGAUGCAGACACGAAGAACUUCACUGCUCCAAAUGAAAUAUGGGAAGAAUAUUUGAAGGGUCAUAAAAAACAUAAAUACUUACGUGAUGAUACAUUUGAAGAUUUUGAAGACCUAGAGAAGAUAUGUGGAAAAAAUAUUGCAAAAGGAAAUAAUACAGUUGGCUUAGGCGAUACUACAGAUGCCCGCACUUAUACAACAGGAGAUAAUGAAUGGGAAUAUCAAGGAGGAUCUCCUCAAAUGAUCGGAGAUCACGAGGAUGAUGAUGAUGAUACUGAUGGUAUAGAACAAGCUCCAUCUUUGAGACAGAAGAAUGUGAUAGAAAAGCUCCCCAUAAGAAAGAGAGCUAGGACUGAAGUAUAUACUGUGGAGAAAAUUUCUGAGGAGAUAAGUGCUGUUACUGGAACAACCAACCAAAUAGUCAGUAUGAUACAACAAAGAUGGCAAAAAGAAGCUGAAGAAAAAGAAGCUGAGGAAAAAGUUGGUACUGUGUGGGAUGCUAUUAAGGAAAAUCAUGAUUUAGAAGAGAAUGACCGUUUUGAUGCGAUGGACUUAGUUCACCAGUCUGGAAUGAAAGUUUCAUUCAUAAGUAUGACUAAGGAGGAACGUUUUAGAUGGAUUAAACGUAGUUUACGUAAGCCAUGA